UUCACGAUUUGGGUCCGUCUCCGUCCGGAGCUCGCGUUCGUCGUUCAUACCUGGUGCGUCUUUGCCUUUCUUCCACUCCUAUCGCCGUGAUUAACAAGUGUGAGGUUGGAGUACAGCGUGAUUUUUGCAUUUGGGAUUAAUGCGUCCAUCGUCUGCUUUUCCCCGAGUGCUAAAUCUAUCGUUAACUCGUCAUCCAUGGCUUGUUCUUCCCACUCGGAUUCAUCGCUUAACAGUUCCGUAGCCAGUGGCUCUUCGUUGUCCAGUUGGUAGCUCUAGGCUUCGAGCUUUCGUUGACGUGUAACGCCACAUUAGAUCACUUAUGACUGCCGCAUAAUCGCUGACUCGACGGAGUCAAGCCACGGUGGACGCCUAGAAUUGUUGUAGAGAUGGCAUGAUAUAGGGAUUGAUUAACAUUGUCGAAGUUGAGAAAGGAAGUGAGAGCUAUGUUUCGAGUCCGAGGAAGCUGGGCCCGAUUCUCAGAGCCGUUCAAGUUUCUUCGAACCGCAUCAUUCUCUAGCAAUGCUAAAAACUCUUCCAAUAAUUCCACGAAGAACGACAUGAUCAUCCGCGAUGAGAGGUAUAGGCAGCUGGAGAAUCUUGACUUCAUGACUGCGGCAAAGAUGCUUUUCACCGACCCUCCAAAGAAAAAGAAAUUUGGGCUUGAUUUCCAUCUUGUGCAACUUUUCUUUGCCUGCUUGCCUUCUUUAGCUGUAUAUUUGGUGGCUCAAUAUGCACGUUAUGAUAUGAAGAUAAUGGAGGCGGAAGUGGAGCAGAAAAGGAAGCUAAGGGAUGAAAAGGAGGCAAAAGAAAGAGAAGAAUUAGAGAAGUUAAAACCCCCUGAUCCACCGCUUCAGGAGGUGAAAGUCAGACUUGACAAACUUGAGGAAGCAGUGAAGGAGAUUGUGGCUGAAACAAAGAAACAAUCAAGCAGCAACCUCCCUCAAAAUCAUGUGAAAGACGGUGAGAAAAAGCAUGCCAAAUCUUCUUCUACAGAAAGCGACAAAAACAUUGCUUUACCACCAGAUAAAGCUGUGGAGAAAGAUAAUCUCGGUAAGCCUGUUAAGCCAAACCCAGAAUCAGGCCAAGACAGUCCAAAGAACAAAAUGGCAGCUCCGAAAUCUUCCCUGGGUGACCAGAAAAGCCAAGGUAAAGGUGGCGGCGGCAGUGAUUAAAGAACCAGACCGGAAGAAUUCAGUUAGUUGAAUUGUUCACCAGACUUCCUAGUAGCUUGGCUUAGAUUAGAAAACCAUUUUCGUGGUUGAGCCAAGUUGAUUCGGAGUUGAGCUGUUAUUGAGCCGAAGCCCAGAAUCAGAUUGGAACCUAGAAUGACUUUGAGGAAACUCCAUGUUUUAUGUUACGAAUGAUUGAGAAUGAGAGCAUGUGAGAUGAUU